AGAAGCAGACGAGAUCUCUAAUCCUAGUCUAGUCAAUAGGUCAAUAAACAAGGACAACUGCACCUGUUGAUGCAGCGCUCUGCUCUUCAAAAACACUGCUGGAUGCCGUUUGAUCCCUGACUGUUUAAAUCUGAGAAUCUCCUCCAGCAUUCCUGAUGAAGAGGCUCAAGUCUAAAGGAGGGGAACACGAUAACCCCAUUUAUGACUCCACUCUGGAUGAACCUCCCUUCUAUGAGGAGACCAACUUCUCCAACGGGGACCACCGGACGGUCCGACCCUCGGUGGUCAGCGCCUUCGGUCACGACACUUUGGACCGGGUGCCCAACAUUGACUUCUAUCGCAAUGCUGGCAGCGUGAGUGGUCACCGGGCUGUGCGACCGUCCCUGCAGGAGCUCCACGAUGUUUUUCAGACGAAUGGAGCGAUCUCUGUGCCAGAAACUGUGGAGGAUGAUGGUGAGGGGAGUGACGGGACCCCCUCUGAUGAUCUGGAGUCUGGUGUUCCCACUGACACCAACAAAGGGCCAACAAAGUUUGGCUGGAUAAGGGGCGUCCUGGUGAGAUGCAUGCUGAACAUCUGGGGUGUCAUGUUGUUCAUCCGUCUGUCCUGGAUUUUUGGUCAGGCAGGCUGGGGUCUGGGAAUUGUGGUCAUUGCUCUCAGCUGCGUGGUCACCACCAUCACUGCCCUUUCCAUGUCUGCCAUUUGCACUAACGGUGUGGUGAGAGGAGGAGGAGCCUACUACUUGAUAUCUCGCAGUUUGGGGCCGGAGUUCGGCGGGUCGAUUGGUCUAAUUUUCGCCUUUGCCAACGCGGUGGCUGUAUCCAUGUACGUGGUGGGGUUCGCUGAGACCGUGGUGGAGCUGCUCAAGGAUAACGCCGCCCUCAUGGUAGACGAAAUAAACGACAUCAGAAUCAUCGGCUGUAUUACUGUAGUGUUGCUUCUGGGCAUAUCGCUUGCUGGGAUGGAAUGGGAGGCCAAGGCACAAAUUGUUCUACUCUUUAUCUUGCUGGCGGCCAUAGUGAACGUAUUUGUAGGAACGUUCAUUCCUGCAACUGAUCAAAAGAAAGCCAUAGGGAUCUUCAAUUAUCAAUCGAACAUCUUUUUAGAGAAUUUUACUCCAGAUUUUCGAGAAAACGAGAACUUCUUUACAGUGUUUGCCAUCUUUUUCCCCGCUGCAACCGGGAUCCUGGCUGGAGCAAACAUCUCCGGCGACUUGCGGGAUCCCCAGGGUGCCAUACCUAAAGGUACCCUACUGGCCAUCCUGAUCACUGGUAUCACCUAUCUGGGUGUGGCCCUCUGCGUUUCUGCCGCUGUUGUCCGUGAUGCCACAGGAAACAUAACUGACCUCAUCACUCCUGGAAUGGAGUGUAACGGUACGGCGGUAGCUGCCUGUGAGCUCGGCUAUAAUUUCUCUUCCUGCGCCGUGGAGAAAUGCGAGUUUGGCUCAAUGAACACCAAUCAGGUGAUGACCAUGGUUUCUGGGUUUGGUCCCCUCAUCAUUGCUGGAACGUUCUCAGCCACACUUUCCUCGGCGCUGGCUUCCCUUGUCAGUGCUCCCAAAGUCUUCCAGGCUCUGUGUAAAGACAACAUCUACAAGAUCCUGCACUUCUUUGCCAAAGGACACGGCAAGAACAACGAGCCAAUCCGUGGCUACAUCCUCACAUUCAUUAUCUCUGUGGCCUUCAUUCUCAUUGGUGAUCUCAAUGCCAUCGCUCCUAUCAUCUCAAACUUUUUCCUUGCAUCUUAUGCCCUCAUCAAUUUCUCCUGCUUCCAUGCAUCCUGGGCCAAGUCUCCAGGUUGGAGACCAGCAUAUAAAUUCUACAACAUGUGGCUCUCCCUGUUGGGCGCAUUGCUCUGCUGUGUUGUCAUGUUUGUUAUCAACUGGUGGGCCGCUCUUCUCACGUACGCCAUAGAAAUCCUACUCUACAUUUACGUCACAGUCAAAAAGCCAGAUGUGAACUGGGGUUCGUCCACGCAGGCGGUGACAUUUGUGAGUGCGGUCAACAACGCUAUGUCUCUGUCUGGUGUCGAUGAUCACGUCAAGAACUUCAGGCCUCAGAUCUUAGCACUGACGGGUGCAGCACGGGCCAGACCGGCUCUCCUGGACCUGGCUCACUCCUUCUCUAAGAACUAUGGACUCUGUCUCACCUGUGAAGUGUUUGUGGGUCCGAGAUCAGAGGCCCUCGAGGAGAUGAACGCUGGCAUGGAGAAGAACCAGCUGUGGCUCAGGAAGACCAAUCGCAAGGCCUUUUACGCCGCUGUGGCCUGUGACAGCUUCAGGGAAGGGACUGCGAGCCUGCUGCAGGCUUCUGGUCUUGGCCGCAUGAAGCCGAACACAUUAAUGAUAGGCUUCCAGAGAAACUGGAGGACUGCGGGCAGAGAGGCAGUGCAGAGUUAUGUGGGAGUACUGCACGAUGCGUUUGACUUUGAUUACGGGACAGUGAUAGUGAGGAUGGGCGAGGGACUCGAUGUGUCGCACUUCGUAGAAGCUGAAGAGGAGAUGCUAAAUGCAGCGAAGGAGCAACAGGCGCUGGACAAUGACAUGAUGUCCAACGGGGGGAAAGCAAAAGGAAUGUUCAGGAAGUCCAAGAAAUUAUCUAAGCCAGUGCUCACCACCAGAGUGUCAGUGUGCGGCCCUCUGCCCCAGCAGGUUGCUAAGAUGAAUGAGAAGCUGUUGGAGGCCAGCGCUCAGUUCCAGAAGAAACAGCCUAAAGGCACCAUUGAUGUGUGGUGGCUGUUUGAUGAUGGAGGUCUCACCCUGCUGCUCCCCUACAUCCUCACUACCAGGAAGAAGUGGAAAGACAGUAAAUUAAGGAUCUUCAUCGCAGGGCAGCCUGGACGCUGUGAACAGGACGAGCAGGAGAUGAAGUCUCUGUUGCAGAAAUUCAGAAUUAACUGCACGGACAUCAAUGUCAUCGAUAACAUCCACAUCCAACCCAGAGCCGACAGCUGGAAGAAGUUAGAAGACAUGAUUGAGCCUUUCUGUCUGCAUGAGGGGUCUAAAGACCGAGCUCAGGCCGAAGCCAUGCGAAAAGAUCAUCCGUGGAAAAUCACAGAUGAAGAGCUGAGCAGCUUUGAGGAGAAGACCAACCUCCAGAUACGACUGAACGAGGUGCUUCGGGAACACUCCAAAUCAGCCAAUCUGAUCAUUGUGAGCAUGCCCAUUGCUCGUAAGUCCGUCUCUGACUUCCUCUACAUGGCCUGGCUGGACAUCCUGACAAAGGACCUCCCUCCCACCCUGCUCAUCAGAGGAAACCACAAGAGUGUGCUUACGUUCUACUCCUGAGCACCCUUCAGUCCAUAAGCUACAAGUCCUGAUGAAGGCAUUAAUACUCACAAGUGCUUAUACAAGGAAUACAAAGAAAUACUUUUUAAAAAAAACCCAGAAAAGUGGGUCAGUAGGCUUAUCUGAAGAAGGUAUAAUAAAAAAAACUAUGUCCCAGUCACAGCUAAACCUUGUAAAUAUUUAACCAUUAACCCGUUUUUAUCACUUUGUCUGGUAUGUGCUGUUCCAUGAUACCGUCCAUGAUACCUUUUGGCAAGUUGUGAUCUGGACAACAGUUAAUUUGCAGCCAAGUGAACCUCACAUUGUACAACACUAUGUGGCUACCAGUGUAAAGUCUUAAUGCUGUGCUGCACUCAGGGUUUUGUAUGGAUGCUGUCAGUUAGGAACAUAAAAGUCUUAAUAAAGAAGAAUGCAUUUCUGACACUGAAUUUUGUAAAUGUCAGUCUGAAUGUGAAUUUAAGAGCUCGGGCAAAGUUGAAGCUCUUUGCAGCAAGUACAGAAAGAAAGGUGUAAUGCUCAGAUAUUAUUAUAUGCAUUAAACAAAAAAUAAAAAGCUUACAUUUUCUGGUUAGAACAAAGUCCAAACCACACGUCUUCUUAACUCAAAGCCAAAGACACAGAGACAUGAGGCUGCUUUUCAAUGGUCACACUGAGUGACCGUGUUGCCUGCUGCUGUGAUUGUAAAAUAAAUGUACAUAGUAGAUGUCUGAAUUCACUGGUGGAAUAUUUUUGGUGCAAACCUUCCUUUCAUAAAUGAUUGCUUCCAUUGUUUUAAACCCUGAUAGUAAUGGUUUGAUUCUUUUUUUUUAAACAUUCCUUGAUAUUCACUCGGUGUAAAAUACUCUGAGCUGUUUAACUGUUCACACAUUAUACAGGCACGUCUUUAAAUAUUGAAAUGUGUUUAAUGUUAAAAUUACAGCACACUUUUUGUUUAGAGAAAAUUAAAAAUAUGAUGUUUUCUUCCUGUUUAAUUAUAUAAUUGUGAUUACCUGAUAUAAAAGGAUUA